AUGAAGUUCACUGUCACCGCUGCUGUUCUUGCUUUCGCCGUCUCUGCGGCCGCUCUUCCCCAGGAUUUCAAUGCUGCUGGCAAUGGUUUCGGCAACAAGGGCAACGCCAAUGUCCGCUUCCCCGUCCCUGAAGAGAUGACCAUCAAGCAGGGUACCGAGAAGUGUGGUGACCAGGCUCAGCUCUCUUGCUGCAACAAGGCCACCUACGCUGGUGACUCCACCGAUAUCGACAGCGGUAUCCUUGCUGGUACCCUCAAGAACCUCAUCGGUGGUGGAUCUGGCCACCAGGGCCUUGGUCUCUUCGACCAGUGCUCCAAGCUGGACCUCCAGAUCCCCAUCAUUGGUAUCCCCAUCCAGGAUCUCAUCAACCAGCAGUGCAAGCAGAACAUUGCCUGUUGCCAGAAGUCCACUGCCGAUGCCAGCGGUUCCCUCAUUGGCCUUGGCCUUCCUUGCGUUGCCCUUGGCUCCAUUCUGUAA